AAGUUGGUGGUAAAAAGGUUUUAGUGGUAGAAACAGAAGAUCAAUUAUUAAGUGGCAAAACUGCGCCAGCAUGUUGUGUCAUAGGGUCACCUGAACAUGUCGCAGCAUUAAAAGCGAAAAUAGAUGAAUUGAAGUUGAAUUCAGCUCGCUUAGAACAGGAGCGUGCCGAAGCAUUAGAAAGAUCAGAAAGCGUAACUCACCAACUUGAUCAUUUAGUUGAAGAAUUAAAAGGAUUAGGUCAUGGUAGUGAUACUAUUCAUGCAACAAAAAUUAUAGCUGACGAAGAUGAUGAUGGUGAAAGAUUAGCG